AGGUUAGACACAAGUUAAUAGUUCAUGUUAUAAAAUACACGCGGACAAUGUAGGAUUCCGCCCUUCCUACGGGAGGACUCCACUCCAAUAGAUAUAACCUAACCUAAACCUAAACCCAAUUUGUUUAUAUUCUCUUGUUUGAAACUUGUAGACUCGUACACUUGUCCCCUUUAUUGUAACAGUUUUUUUGUUUUUUCGUAAUUAGUUUAUUGCCUGUUUUCACUCAAAUGAUGUGGGACAAAGACGAUGAAGUACAUGAGCAAGAAUUGCACCAAACACCUGUCUCAUCGGCACUUGAUGAAGCCGUUGUCACAGCCCCCCCUUAUGCGCAGCGGAGAGGAUGGGUGCCGCACAAUCCAGAAGAUUUUGGAGACGGAGGAGAAUUUCCGGAGAUACAUGUUGCACAAUAUUUACUUGAGAAUAAAAGGAUAAGGAUGAAAGGCAAGGAAAUAAGAAGGAAUAUGUUGGCAAUACUUGAUGCAGAGGAUUAUACAAUUCCUUUGGAUAAACGUCUUGCUGCAGAUGGUAGAGGUUUGCAGCACAAAAACCUUAACGAAAGCCUUGCAAAAUUAGCUGAGAGUUUUUAUAUUGCCGAUAGAAAAAACCGACAAGCUCUUCAAAUGUAUGCACAAUUGGAGAAAAAGUUUGCUCAAUAGGUGAAGGAGGAUUAUUUAAAAUAUUUCGUCUAAAAGACCCGAAAAGCGCGCCGAAAUUUAGCGCAUUAGAUUUAUAUAAUUGCAUCUGAUUUCUGAUGAUUGUAAAAAUAAAGAAUAUUUCUGCAAAUCUAAAA